AUGUCGACACUUGAAGAGCUCGAGGAUCUCGAUCGCCGGGAAAAGGAUGAUAAGAAGAGAGAAAACCGCGAUGACAAGGGCAACAAGAAAGAAGAGGGAGAUGAGGAGAUGAAGGAGGCCGACGAGGAAGAUGAUAUUCUGGACGAAGAGAUCCUGGGACUCAGCACGCAGGACAUUCUGACGAGAAAGCGGCUUCUAGAGAACGACUCUCGCAUCAUGAAGAGUGAGCUCUCGCGACUGUCUCAUGAAAAGGCGGCCAUGGGCGAGAAAAUCAAGGAUAAUGUGGACAAGAUUGCCAAUAACAGACAACUGCCUUACCUAGUGGGAAACGUUGUCGAACUUCUAGACCUAGACCCUACUGCCGAGUCGUCCGAGGAGGGGGCCAACAUUGAUCUCGACGCGACACGGGUGGGAAAAUCUGCCGUCAUCAAGACGUCCACGAGACAAACAAUAUUUCUGCCGCUGAUUGGCCUGGUUGACUCGGAAGCGCUCAAGCCUGGCGACCUCAUCGGUGUCAACAAAGACUCGUACCUGAUUCUCGAUACCCUGCCCGCCGAAUAUGACAGCCGAGUCAAGGCCAUGGAGGUUGACGAGAAGCCUACUGAGCAGUAUACUGACGUUGGUGGACUGGACAAGCAGAUUGAAGAGCUUGUUGAGGCCAUUGUAUGGCCCAUGAAGGAGGCAGACCGGUUCAAGAAGAUUGGCAUCAAGGCCCCCAAAGGUGCUCUCAUGUACGGCCCUCCUGGUACCGGCAAAACUCUGCUGGCCCGAGCUUGCGCGGCGCAAACCGAAGCCACAUUCCUCAAGCUUGCUGGCCCUCAGUUGGUGCAGAUGUUCAUCGGUGAUGGUGCGAAGCUUGUACGAGACUGUUUUGCGCUAGCCAAGGAGAAGGCGCCAGCGAUCAUUUUCAUUGACGAACUCGACGCCGUUGGCACGAAGCGUUUUGACAGCGAGAAGAGUGGCGAUCGCGAAGUGCAGCGUACAAUGUUGGAGCUUCUCAACCAACUGGACGGUUUUGCCUCCGAUGACAGAAUUAAAGUGCUGGCCGCCACGAAUCGAAUUGACGUCCUGGAUCCUGCGCUACUACGCUCUGGACGCUUAGACAGAAAGAUUGAGUUUCCAUUGCCCAACGAGGAAGCACGCGCCCAGAUUCUCAAGAUCCACUCCCGCAAGAUGACUGUCGAUCCAGGCGUGAAUUGGGGCGAGUUGGCGAGGAGCACGGACGAGUUUGGUGGCGCCAUGCUUAAAGCCGUCUGCGUCGAGGCUGGCAUGAUCGCGCUGCGCUCUGGCAAGAACAAGAUCGGUCACGAGCACUAUGUGGACGCCAUUUCCGAAGUGCAAGCGAAGAAGAAGGAUACGGUCAAUUUCUAUGCAUAG